UCGGACACAGUAACAACAGCGGAGCAUCCUAAAUACGCGAUCAGCCAAGAUCUUUGUUAUUGUUCCCCUGUGUGCAGGGGAGGGAGGAGGGGAUGCUUGUCAGGGUCAAAAGCAGCAGUCUGGUCCGUUGUCCAGCAAUAUGAAGGAUGGAAGAGGACGAGGUGACCAUCAGGGAGCAGAACUUUCACAGCCAAGUUCGGGAAUGUAUUAUUUGCUUUCUUAUGUUCGGCAUCCUAUACAUUGUGUCUUACUUCAUCAUCACAAGAUAUAAAAGAAAAUCGGAUGAACAAGAAGAUGAAGACGCAACAGUCACUCGUGUUUCACUUUUCCUGAGCACCUUGACUCUUGCGGUUUCAGCUGGGGCUGUUUUGCUUCUACCGUUCUCUAUAGUCAGCAAUGAAAUCCUUUUGUCUUUUCCAAAAAGCUACUAUAUCCAGUGGUUGAAUGGUUCACUUAUUCAUGGUUUGUGGAAUCUUGUUUCCCUUUUUUCCAACUUAUGCCUCUUUGUGCUGAUGCCAUUUGCUUUUUUCUUUCUCGAAUCCGAAGGCUUCGCUGGAUUGAAAAAGGGCAUCAAGGCUCGGAUCCUGGAAACAAUAGUGAUGCUUAUACUACUUGCUCUCCUCAUUUUUGGCAUUGUAUGGGUUGCUUCUGCGCUGAUUGACAAUAGUUCUGCAAGCAUGGAAUCUUUAUAUGAUCUCUGGGAGUUUUACCUCCCUUAUUUAUAUUCCUGUAUAUCGCUAAUGGGAUGCCUGUUACUACUCUUAUGUACCCCGGUUGGCCUUUCUCGGAUGUUUGCCGUGAUGGGUCAGCUCUUGGUCAAACCAGCUAUUCUUGAAGACCUGGAUGAACAGUUGUACAUCAUAAGUUUACAGGAAGAAGCACUUCUACGAAAACUAAAUGCAGGAGGAAACAGUUCCACAGAUUAUAACGCAAAAAAGAUUCAACAUGAGAUUGACAAUGCAAAGACCAUGAAAUCAAACCUAGAAAGACGCAAGAAAGCUUCUGCUUGGGAGAAGAACUUGGUAUACCCAUCAGUAAUGAUAUUGCUCCUAGUGGCGACGUCUUUUUCCGUCAUCUUGGUUUCCUGCAACAUUCUGCGUUUGUUGAUCGAUGAGACAGCAAUGCCUAAAGGUUCAAAGGGCCGGGGGAUUGGCAAUGCCUCUCUGUUCACAUUUGGAUUUGCAGGAGCAACACUGGAAAUCCUUUUAAUUUUCUAUCUCAUGGUUUCUUCUGUCGUUGGUUUCUAUAGCCUUCGUUUUUUUGGAAGUUUUACUCCCAAGAAAGAUGACACUACAAUGACAAAGAUAAUUGGUAAUUGUGUCUCGAUCCUAGUUCUGAGCUCUGCAUUGCCUGUCAUGUCAAGAACAUUAGGGAUCACCAGGUUUGAUUUGCUGGGAGACUUUGGAAGAUUCAAUUGGCUGGGAAACUUUUAUAUUGUUGUAGCAUACAAUUUGUUGUUUGCUAUUGCGACAACGUUGUGCUUAGUCCGAAAAUUUACUUCAGCUGUCCGGGAAGAACUUUUAAAGGCAAUAGGGUUUGAUAAACGUCCGCUUCCUAAUGAGGUCACAGAGUCACCAUCCACAAAUGGGCACCAGAAAACACUGUGAAACGUCAACUGAAGAUACCAUUCCUCUCACUUUAUUCCUGCUAUAAUAUGAUCCUACACAGAAAAUAAGUCUUAAAUGCUCAUAAUGAAGAGCCAAUGUGGCUGUCAGGAGUUAUUUUUUUCUGUGAACUGGACUUUUGAAGAUAAGUUGUUUUAUAGGGUAUAGAAAAAAUAGUUUAUUUUGUUAACUGCCUUAUCAUAUCUUAGGAAGAACUUGCAAAAUAAACUGUCCUGGGUAACACUUUGUAUUUCACAUUAAAUAUUUGUUACAAAUUCAUAUUGUUCCCCUCCUGACACAUUGUUACAGAUCUUUGACCAAAUUAAAGCGAUAUUGAACCCAAAUUUUUUCUUUCAUGAGUCAGAUAGAGCAUGCGAUUUUAAGCAACGUUCUAAUUUACUCGAAUUAUCAUUUUUUUCAUUCUCCUUGGUAUCUUUAGUUAAAAAGCAGUAAUCUAAGCUUAGGAGCCAAACCAUUUAUGGUUCAGCACCCACGGUAACACUUACAUUUAGCCACCAAUUAGGAAGCGCUACCCAGAUCCUGAACCAAAAUGAGUCGGCUCCUAAGCUUACAUUUCUUGUUUUUCAAAUAAAGAUACUAAGAAAACAAAGAAAAAAUCAUAAUAGGAGUAUAUUAGAAAGUUGGGUAAAAUUGCAUGCUCUAUCCGAAUCAUAACAUAAUAAAUUUGGGUUUCAUAUCCCUUUAAACAUUAGUUAUAAGUCUGUUGCAAUAGAGAAUGCACCUGGGCUGAUUUGUUUUUUACUUUCCAUUUACAUUUUAUUGUUUGUCUCGUCUUAAAAGUACAGUGCUUAGUUGGUGGUAAUAAGAUUGUUUGCAUAGUCUCUUUUUCGGUCAGUUUGGUUUAAUGAUUUAGCCUUGAUACAGUUCUUAUUAUGCCCAUUAGUUAUGUAUUUAUUUUUUCUUUAAAUGUUGAUGCAGAAAUGAUAUGUGUUGUCUUUCACCAUCACCGGUCCCAUGUGCCCAAAAUGGUGUAUGGACAAGUUUUAUACUGAAGACCAUAGUUUACUCAUAUAUGGAGAAAUGUGUGUGAAUGGGCAUCAUAUAGAUGUUUAAUAAUUAUACUUAAUAAAAUCAUUCCUGGUGACAUAAAACCAUGCACAAUGGUUCAUUAGUGGCCCUUGCUAAGUCUUACCCAAAGCCACAAUACAUCACCAGCCAUGUUCUGCUAUGUGAAGUGGCUCUGUGUGUCACUUAUACAAUGUGUUUAAACUUUUUGCAGGGGAUAGUGGUACUAAAUAAAAUGCUCUAAUAAAUAAAUACAUAAAAAAAUACCUGUACCUAUGUUUUUCUCUACUCUGUUCUUCUGGACAGUGAAAACAUUUAUGAUCUAAUGACCUCAUAUUGCUGAGCACAGGCAAGUUAAUAAAAUGGUAAAGUUAAAAUCAUGAUUCGGAUAGAGCAUGCAAUUUUAAACAACUUUCCAAUUUACUUCUGUUAGCAAAUUUGCUUUUAUUUGUAGCUUUGUUAUACAGUGUUGCAAAACACUGAUGCCAUAGAGUACUAAAGACGCGUGCACACUCCUGAGCUUUUUUAAGCCUACCUAGGUUUACCCUUCAAUAAAAGAUACCAAGGGAACAAAGCAAAUUUGAUAACAGAAGUAAAUUGGACAGUUGUUUAAAAUUGCAUUUUCUAUCUGAACCAUGAAAGUUUAAUUUUUGCUAUGGACUAUGGCUUUCUCAAAGGCUAGAGCUCAGAAGAAAAACAUACAUUUACUUGAAACCCGUUCUGAAUCGGUCAUGAGAGACAAAGAUUCAGGGCUCUGCUUGUUAAACAUGGCAAUAUUAAAGUACCUGAUGGGCCUCAGUAUUAAGAGCUGCUGCUUUAAGGCAUUUGACCGCUAUUUAUAAUACUGAUGUUAAAAACACAACAUUUCAGGGUAAUCUCAGACUCAUCAGCGUGUUCAUACUAAUUUGUUUAAAUGCACAAACUGUUUGUUACACUGUUCAAUAUCACUUUUUAAAAUUAGUUUCCAAAAAUGCUAAAUUAAUUAUAGGUCUAUAUAUGCUUUAGAGAUUCAACUUACUUUAAUUUAAUUUCACGGGACAUCUCCUAAUAUAGGAUAACCACCAGAAUGAAAAAGCCUUCUCAGAAGUCUAACCCAUCUGCAGAGUAUUCAUCAAAGUCAGGGCUGGACAUAUAGACAAUGGCCCAUCUUUAGUAUUAUACACUAUAGUAUAGUGAUACUUCCCACCCCCUAAUUAAAGCUAUGGCUGGUUCUUACAUUGGAUCAUAUUGCAUUAAUCUUGGGUAACUUGUUCACUGGGAACAACCAAGACUUAUCAAUAAGCAGAACUCUAAAAGGAGAAUCGUACUUCUAUUUUAUGUAGAUAGAAAUGGUAUUGCAAUAGAGCUCUUGACUCCUUUAGGUUGCAUAUUCUUAUUAUUUGAAAGGUAAUUGAUGGUUUUCUAAAAUUAAGGGGAAAAUAGUGCAAUUCAUUUGAGCUUAUGUUGAUAUUAGGAUUAGCCCAUUUACACAAUUACUUUGGGUCCUGAGUAUUUAGUAGAAAGCAAAGAAGAGCCUGUUGUCACAAGUAUUUAUAAGAGCUUAAAGGGACAUGAAACACAUUUCUUUCAGGUUUCAGAUAGAACAUACAAUUUUAAACAACUUUCCAAUUUACUUCCAUUAUCAAACUUGCUUAAUUCUCUUGGCAGCCUUAGUUGAAGAAGCAGCAGUGCACUACUGGGAGCUAGCUGAAUACAUUAAGUAAGCAAAUGACAAGAGUCAUGUAUGUGCGGCCACCAAUCCACAGCUAUUUCCCUGUAGUUAAUUGCUGCUCCUAAACCUACCAGCAUAUGCUUUUCAACAUUGGAUAACGAGAAUGAAGAAAUGAGAUAUUAGAAGUACAACAGAAGUUGUUUAAAAUUGUAUUAUGAAAUGACAGUUUAGUUGUCUACAAACUCUUCCUCAAAGUGCCAUUCACGUAGUCUUCUGGGAACCAGCAAGACAUUGAGUCAUAUGCCUAUCUAUAAGAGAUGUUUUUCACGUUCAGAGACCAUUCACAUAGUCUUCUGGGAACAAGAAAGACAUUCAGUCAUAUGACUAUAAGAGGUGAUUCUCACUUUCAGAGACCAUUCACAUAGUCUUCUAGGAAUGAGAAAUACAUUCAGUCAUAUGAGUAUCUAUAAGUGAUGAUUCUCACGUUCAGAGACCAUUCACAUAGUCUUCUGGUGAACGAGCAAGACAUUCAGUCAUAUGACUAUCUAUAAGAGAUGAUUCUCGCGUUCAGAGACCAUUCACAUAGUCUUCUGGGAACAAGAAAGACAUUCAGUCAUAUGACUAUAAGAGGUGAUUCUCACUUUCAGAGACCAUUCACAUAGUCUUCUAGGAAUGAGCAAGACAUUCAGUCAUAUGACUAUCUAUCUAAAAGUGAUGAUUCUCACGUUCAGAGACCAUUCACAUAGUCUUCUGGUGAACGAGCAAGACAUUCAGUCAUAUGACUAUCUAUAAGAGAUGAUUCUCACUUUUAGAGUCAUGGAGUAGAAAUACAAAGGUUGAUGUAUUUAAAUCUCUGUAGAGCUUUUCUGAAAGGAUCUAGAGAGUGUGUGGUGGGAUUUAUUAUGGUCUUUGGAUGUUAGCUGUUUGGGAUAGUUACCCUUUAAACAAAUAUAUGGUGGAUUCCUGGCUACAACUGUCAAUACAAUAUUUAUGUGCAUUGCAUUAAACAUUUUGAAUUACACUUAACUCCCUGAGAUGAAACUUCAUUUAGACGUUUCAAAAUAUUUCCCUAUUUUUACAUAAAUAGCAUACAUCAUGUGCAGUUUUCAUAAUCUGUAUUGAAAAAUCCAGAUAUCCAUAGAAAUGUGAGGGUCAAUUUUUAAGCCUUGACCCUUACUUCGAUUUUUAUAAUCAUAAAGCACUUUCUAACUUGAAACUGGUGUUUACAAAAGACAGUUACAUGAGCAUAAGUCUCCUAUUGUUAUGUAAGCUAUGCACAUACAGAACAGCAAUACGAAUUUUGUGAAUAUUUACUAAUUUUUUUUUUACAUUUUGUUUAGCUAGUAGAAGCAGAUUUAACAUAUUGACUACCUGGAUAGAAACAAUUGUGUUUUAAUAUAAAAGUUCUCAUUAAUUGAAUUUAACUAGAGAAAAAAUGUAUGUAUCCAAUUGCUCACCUCCUUUGGGUUUUUUGUUUUUUUUGGAUUAUUACAUCUAGUAUCUUUAUUUCUUUUGCAUGAUGUACCUAGUCCACGGAUUCAUCCUUACUUGUGGGAUAUUAUCCUUCCUAACAGAAAGUGGCAAAGAGAGCACCACAGCAGAGCUGUCUAUAUAGCUCCCCCUUAACUCCACCCCCCAGUCAUUCUCUUUGCCGGCUCUAAGCAGGAAGGGUAAAGUGAAAGAGGUGUUAAACUGUUAGUUUUAUUUUGUUGUAAAGCUGUGACUUGGUCUUCGCUCCAUACCUUUUCAAAGUUUUACAAGUUUGAUACUUUUGCUUCUUCGGAGGCUAUUUUUGGGAGAAAGGUUUUGCAAGCAGCGGUGCCUUCCGUUUAGGUUCCUGUCUUGUUCCUCCCUUCAUCCGUGUCCUAAAGCUUUGGUAUUGGUAUCCCACAAGUAAGGAUGAAUCCGUGGACUCGGUACAUCAUGCUAAAGAAAACAAAAUUUAUGCUUACCUGAUAAAUUUCUUUCUUUUGCGAUGUACCGUGUCCACGGCCCGCCCUGUCUAUUCAAGACAGAUGGUAUUUUUUAUUAAAAACUUCAGUCACCUCUGCACCUUAUAGUUUCUCCUUUUUCUUCCUUGGCUUUCGGUCGAAUGACUGGGGGGUGGAGUUAAGGGGGGAGCUAUAUAGACAGCUCUGCUGUGGUGCUCUCUUUGCCACUUCCUGUUAGGAAGGAUAAUAUCCCACAAGUAAGGAUGAAUCCGUGGACUCGGUACAUCGCAAAAGAAAGAAAUUUAUCAGGUAAGCAUAAAUUUUGUUUUUAAUUAAUUGGAACAUUGCACUAUUAAAAGGACAUCAUUGUCAUUCUCAUUUCAUUUACAAUAGAGCAUUUAAAAAUGUAUUUCUAAUUUUAAAAAAAGUUUGUUCCCACAUAGGCAGUAAUAUAUAUAUAUAUAUAUAUAUAUAUAUAUAUAUAUAUAUAUAUAUAUAUCCUGUAUGUGUGUGUGUGUGUGUGUAUAUAUAUAUAUAUAUAUAUAUAUAUAUAUAUAUAAUACAUACUUUUUUUUCAAUAUGUGUUGACUGCUCUUUCAUAUGUAUAAUUGAGUUUCAGUGACCCUUAAAGUGACUGCUUGAUUGUCAGAGUUUCAACAGGGAGCACAAUUUUAACUUAAAAGUGACAUAAAACCCAAACUUUUUCUUUCAUGAUUUAGACAGAGCACGCAAUUUUAAAAGAACUUUUCAAUUUACUUCUAUUCUCUAAUUUGCUUCAUUCUGUUGAUAGCCUUUGUAAAAAAGCAUAUCUAAAUAGGCUCAGUAGCUGCAUAUAGAUGCCUUGUGUGAAUGGCUUACCCACAUGCAUUGCUAUUUCCUUCAAAGGAUACCUAAAGAUUGAAGCAAAUUAGAUAAUAGAAGUAAAUUGGAAUGUUGUUGAAAAAAGGUAUUCUCUAUCUGAAUCAUGGAAAAAAAAAUAUUUGGGGUUACAUUUCCCUUUAACACGGGUUAAUCGCGGUGACAAAUGAACAUAAAUUUAAUAUUAAAAUGCAAUAAUAAAUUAAGACAGACGUGAAGUCUUAAAACAGUUUGACACCUAUAGAAUGACAAACGUUUUGUUUGGAGAAAAAGCUUUUAUGUAGCACAUUUAUAUUCAUUCUUCUAUCAAAAAGUUGAGUAAUUAUAUUGACCCAGUAAUAAAAUAUCACCUGCAUUAUUUUGAGAUUUGUAGAGGUUGCAAAAUGAAUAACCUGAACUUCUGUAUAAUACAUGAAAAUUUAAAUUCAGUAAUUUCAACUACAGAACAAUUUACUUAUCUGAAAAACAUAUUAUUAGCAUUUCAGUCAAACCUACUGGUUUAUUAGUUAAACAAAUAUAUAACAAGCUUUGUUUCCUUUUUAUGCUGGAAAAAGACAAGUUAAAAAUACAGAACUUUGAAUUUACUGAUUUGUUAUUGCCAUUCCUUUUACUAUGUGAAAAUUUUGCAACGUUGCAUUUUCUAUUACUAUUUAUGUAAAUUUGAGCCAAAUGUCUUAUGAGCAAUUCACAGUGAGAGCUUAUACCAAAUGUAAACAUUUACUUGAAUCUAUUGAGUAAUAUUUUGUUUAUUAUGAUCUAAAUCAUUUUGUCAGUUCGGCCCACUAAGCAGCCAGAUUAUAAGGCUAAAUCCAUGUGUUGGUGUUAAAUCAUAAGGUGCAUUUAAGUCAGCUAGGAUUUGGCCUGCUAGUGGGAUCCGCAUUCUGGAGUUGUGAAAUACUGAUCUAGCUUUGUUGCCAACCCACCUGAGCAUGUGCUCCAAUCAAAGUGAUAGAGCUACGUAAUUUAAAGAGGAAUUUGAAUGCAGAAAUAUAAUUUGUUAUAGCAUGUAUUUGCAGUAGGGCCACUUGCUAAAUAUUGUUUACCCUUCUCCAACAAAAGGUAUCGGGAGCCAUUAAACAUUGUGACAUGUAUAUGCUCUUACUAUUUGGUUCACUAGCAGUAUCGUUCUCAGGAGGAACAAGAUGUUGUAGCUCCCAAGAGCAACUUUAGUUAUGUAUUGAACCACUUUUUAGGGGUUAAAACAUAGUCAGCAAGGGACAUUAAUGCAAGAGUUACUUGCUCUAACAAAUUUACGCGUUUCGUUUCUGCAUUACAUUGUCCCUUGACAUAGCAACGCUGAAACCCUGAAAUCUUCUUAUUCUUUUCUGUUGGGAAUGCGUAGGGCUGGAGUUGUGAGCAACUUGCCUAGAUCAAUGGAGACUACUAGACAGUAUAAACCGUCCAUUUACCAGCUUCUUUUGUCUUACAUGGACAAGAAAAAUAAAAUACCAUUAUAAGAGUUAAAUGUGAAAAAGUUGGCUUUAAAUGUACUUUGUUGUGUUCUGUGCUUUUGAUUUAAAAGUAUUAUAUUUUGUAUUCAUUUGAUGUUUUUUUGUUACAUUGUGUGUAUAUAGAGUUAAUAAAAAAAAAUUCAAUCGUAAA